AUGUCUCCAAAUAAUAGACAUGCUGCUCAAAUACAUGGCUUGGUCGGAAAGCCGCUACUAUAUUUUACCAGUGUCUUUGUGUCGUUGGGCGUUUUCCUAUUUGGUUAUGAUCAGGGGGUCAUGUCUGGAAUCAUUACAGGCUGGUAUUUUAAGGACUACUUUAACCAACCGUCGCGGGCUGCAAUCGGCACAGUUGUCGCGAUCCUCGAGGUUGGAGCGCUCAUAUCUUCGUUACUUGUGGGACGGAUCGGCGACUUGAUAGGGCGCCGCAAAACUAUACUCUAUGGAUCCAUUGUAUUUUUCAUCGGUGGUGCAUUCCAAACAUUCGCAACGGGGUUGCCCAUGAUGAUGGUUGGUCGUGUCAUCGCGGGUCUGGGAGUUGGGGCAUUGUCGACAAUUGUGCCUGUUUAUCAAUCUGAGAUAUCGCCACCACACAAUAGGGGUAAACUGGCAUGUAUCGAGUUCACUGGAAAUAUUUCAGGUUAUGCAGCCAGCGUGUGGGUUGACUAUUUCUGUAGCUUUAUUGACAGCAACUAUUCGUGGCGCCUGCCAUUGUUGUUCCAGUGUGUCAUGGGUGCUCUUCUUGGCCUAGGAAGCCUCAUAAUCUGUGAAUCCCCCAGGUGGCUUUUGGACAAUGAUCAUGAUGAGGAAGGCAUGGUGGUAAUUGCAAAUCUUUAUGGUAAAGGAGACUUGCACAACGACAAAGCUCGACAGGAAUACAGGGAUAUUAAAAUGGACGUUCUCUUAGGACGACAAGAAGAUCAAAGAUCUUAUGCUGAUAUGUUCAAGCGAUACCAUAAACGUGUUCUGAUAGCCAUGUCUGCGCAAGCAUUAGCGCAGCUGAACGGGAUCAAUGUCAUAUCAUAUUAUGCACCCCUCGUCUUCGAAUCAGCAGGCUGGGCAGGGCGUGACGCAAUUCUCAUGACUGGCAUCAACGGGAUCUCAUAUCUCGCAUCCACUGUUCCACCGUGGUACCUUGUGGAUCGCUGGGGAAGGCGUCCAAUUUUGCUGUCUGGAGCAGUUGCUAUGAUUAUUUCGCUCUCCUUGAUAUCAUACUUUAUCUAUAUCGACGUUGCCGCAACACCCACCCUCACAGUCAUCCUUGUUAUGAUCUACAAUGCUGCGUUUGGCGCCUCGUGGGGCCCCAUACCUUGGUUAUACCCCCCUGAGAUCCUGCCCUUGAGCAUUCGCGCCAAGGGUGCCAGUCUUAGCACAGCCGCUAACUGGGCUUUCAAUUGGCUUGUUGGGGAAGUUACACCUGUCCUUCAGGCUGCGAUAAAAUGGCGACUUUAUCUUGUACAUGCCUUUUUUUGUGCAUGCAGUUUCGUGCUUGUUUACUUUUUAUACCCAGAAACUAGUGGCGUCCGACUGGAAGAUAUGAAUAUUCUUUUUGGAGAUGCCACUACAGCCAUGCCGACACCAACUACUCAAGGAGAGCGUGGUUCUCUCAUGGGUGUUGGUUCCCCCGUGCCUUCCCUGGAUAUUCGAAGGCAGCAUGCCCAACCUGGUGCAGGAAAUGCCAUUCCUGGGUUGGAAAUCGACCCCCCAGGCAUUAAUAAUGAUGGCCCCAGUGAAUCCAGUCCAACUGGCUCUCGGGAGGAAGAUCGCGGCAGAUCUGAAGGGAUUGGCGGGCCUGUUGUCACACCCUGGGAUCUCACAAUGGUACCUAACCUGUAA